GUCAGGGCAGCUACAAUGCUUAAACUCAUCUGCUGUGUGAUCCCUCUAAAAAAUCGCCCCACCAGUCAGCGCCUUGUAACGUGCGAGGCUGCAUUCACUCCCCUACUUUCGGCUCUCCUUCCUCUCCGCUUGCGCAAUGUAUUAGCGAAGAAACCGUAAAGUGUUAAAUGUUUGAAAUACAAAACCGCCGAAUUUCACAUGCUGAAAGAGGACUCCGCUACUCGUGCGCGCGGCACUGCUGUGUCUGUGCAAUAGACUCUGCAAAGAAAAACUCCUCUCACACGCCUGCAAGUCCGCGGCUGCAAAAAGGACGCUGAAAAGCUCAUUUUUCAGUUUCAAGACAAACGCUUUAAAAAUCAAACUGGCUCACGUUCUUCCCAACCAACCCAGUUUGACAGCUGCUCUUCACCCCACUUGGAGGACUGUCAGCAGCAAGAGGAUGGCAUCAGAGCUGGCAAUGAGCAACUCCGACCUGCCCACCAGUCCCCUGGCCAUGGAAUAUGUUAAUGACUUCGAUCUGAUGAAGUUUGAAGUGAAAAAGGAGCCGGUGGAGCCCGAUCGCAACAUCAGCCAGUGCAGUCGCCUUAUCGCCGGGGGAUCCUUGUCUUCCACCCCGAUGAGCACGCCGUGCAGCUCGGUGCCCCCUUCCCCAAGCUUCUCGGCGCCCAGUCCGGGCUCGGGGAGCGAGCAGAAGACACACAUAGAGGAUUUCUACUGGAUGUCCGGUUAUCAACAGCAGUUGAAUCCAGAGGCGCUGGGCUUCAGCCCCGAAGACGCAGUCGAGGCGCUGAUCAACAGCAGUCACCAGCUCCAGUCCUUCGAUGGCUACGCCAGGGGACAGCAGUUUGCAGGCGCAGCCGGAGCAGGAGGCACCAUGGCCGGGGAAGAGAUGGGCUCCGCCGCGGCGGUGGUGUCGGCAGUUAUCGCUGCGGCAGCCGCUCAGAACGGAGGGCAACACCACCACCACCACCAUCACCACCACAGCAGCAGCCACCACCAGGCACCCGGAGUCCAGUCCAACGGCGCUUCUGGGACAAUUCACCCACACAUGCGCUUGGACGACCGGUUUUCGGACGAGCAGCUGGUCACCAUGUCAGUGCGGGAGCUCAACCGGCAGCUACGGGGGGUCAGCAAGGAAGAAGUGAUCAGAUUGAAACAGAAGAGGAGGACCCUAAAGAACAGAGGCUACGCUCAGUCCUGCCGGUUCAAGCGGGUCCAGCAGCGGCACGUCCUGGAGGGAGAGAAGACGCAACUCAUCCAGCAGGUCGAUCACCUAAAGCAGGAGAUCUCCAGGCUGGUCCGGGAGAGGGACGCGUACAAAGAAAAGUAUGAGAAGCUCAUCAGCAACGGCUUCAGAGAAAAUGGAUCCAGCAGUGACAACAACCCUUCAUCCCCGGAGUUUUUCAUGUCAUCGAGAAAAUUCCUCCAUCUGUGAUUUAAAGCCCCAAUCCUCCGUGCCCUCGGCUCUCUGAGAUAACCCAACAUCCGAGCAGCAAUGACAUCAGAGCGGCUGACCAAUCGCACGAAGACACCUACGAAGCACAACAUUCAAAAAUGACUUCACUGAAGAACAAAAGACGAGACCUGCUGAAAUCCCUCAAAAUCCCUACAGUGAAAUUCUUGAAAGCCUCUUACUCCUCCUGAUUCCCUUCCUAAUAUUUUACCUCCAGCUUUUUUCUAUGAAACAUGAAAAAGAAAAAAAAACAACAGACAGACUCAUACUCAUGAGAUGGUUGACUAUGUCCAACACUGGAAGGACUAUUUUCUCUUUGGUGGGAAGA